AGAAAAGGCUGCGCUUGUUUAACCUGAGAGGAAAACACUGGACAAAGCUCGGUUAACGGCGGAGAACGUAGUCGUCAUUUCUAAUAAACAAUUAUGUAGUAGCCGAGCUGAGCAGCGUUUCGCACUGUUUCAGCGAAACUACAACCGACAGGUGCUAACAGGAAGCUCCGGCCUCUGGACCUCCACUUACGCAUACAAAGGUUGAGCUAACUCGGCUAUCAAGUGUUAGCGUUGACGUGCUUCUUCCUCACGUCUGUCCCAGUGUCUGUUGCAUGUGUGUGUAGCGCUUCAUGUCAAGAUAUGAAGAGUCCAAACAGAUCACUAUGGAAACGUUAAAUAGGAAGGCAGUCCUCAGAAGACUCGGCUGUCGAUAACUGCUAAAAGACACAAACAGGCAGUGCCUUCAAUGAUGGAGUUCCCACUGCAUUCACAGCAGCUGCUGUCAGCUCUGCGUUCACAGCGUCAGCGAGGCUUCCUCUGUGAUUGCACUGUCCAGGUGGGAUCAUCCUGUUUCCUGGCUCACCGAGCUGUCUUGGCCUCCUGCUCACCUUUCUUCCACAUGUUUUACUCCGAUUCCCCGGGAGGCAGCGGUGGCAGCGGCACUAACAGCCCUGUCACACUCGACAGCGACAUUGUCACAGCUGCUGCAUUUGGCUUGCUAUUGGACUUUGUCUAUGAAGGUGUACUGCAGCUUGAGGAGUCUCCACCGGUGGAGGACAUUUUGGCAGCGGCGAGCUUUCUGCACAUGAACGAAGUUGUGAGAGUGUGCAAGAAACGACUGCAGAGACGAGGACCGCUAGCUGAGGCAGACAGCACUCGCUCAGAAGAGAGUGCUGGUGUGAGGAGGGCAGUGGAGACUAGAAGAGAGAGCAGGGGUGACAGUGGAGCUCAGCCUGUGUUGGCCAUGGCAGGAGAUCAUUUAAAUACAGGCGCCAUGGUAGUGCCACUCUCAUCAUGUCCCAUAGUGGUGGAGAGGAGGCAGGUGGAGUCUGUGAAGUCUGAGCAGAGGACUGGUGAGCGACCAUCAGAGGCUCGGGUUCACACUUCUCUCCCUGAUCUUGCUGACACCACCCAGCCGGGCAUGGAUGCCCCUCUGCCUCCAGCUGAGCUGGUGCAGUCUGUCCCUGCAUCUGGAAGUCACACCAGGUUGGGGGUUGGAGGUCAGGGGGAAGGCUCGGUCCUCUGCAGUCCUUGCAGCACCACAGAGACAUACAGCAGCAACCAGCAGCCCUCUUCCUCCUCUUCUUCCUUUCUCGUCCCAGUGAGUCUGGCUGGUGGUCGUUCAGUGCUCACACUCUCAGAAACCUGUGUCUCCCCCAGCUCACAUCAGGACACACCACUACUACGUUGUGACCUUGACUCUGUCAGAAAACCCUCAGACACUGACCGCAGAGGUGCGUCAGAUGGAGGACAGCAGACUGUUGUGUCACUCCAAGCAUCAGCACUCAUCUCGCACAUGCAAAACAGUCCGAUAUGCUCGCCAAUUCAGCGUGCACCUCCCCAACUCCGAAUCCAGAACACUUUGUCACUGCAAGGCCAAAGCUCCCACUUUCACACUAAUCCUCAGACACAAGCUCUGAGGGCACCUGAGGAAAAUGUGGGGCGAGUGAAAAUAGACAACAGUGAUGAAGAUAAUGUGAAAGUUAAAGUGGAGGCCAUCGUUAUAUCUGAUGAAGAGCUGGAGGAAGAGAAAGAUGAAAUGAGAGAGAGGGAACCAAUGAUGGAAGUGAACGAUGAGUUUGAAGAUGACAUCCAGGAAGAGGAGCUGAACAGUCCUCAGUUUCUUCAGUCUCACUCACAGGCCCUCUUGCACAUGACUUCUCAUUCAAAUGACUACUCCUUCCCUCUCUCUCCAUCCUCCUCCUCCUCAGGUGCUGGGCCUUCAUCCCAAGAAACCUCCUCCUUUGCCACCUCCCUCGUUCCUCUGUCCACACACCAGCAGCAUUCAGACCCUCCUGCCUACUUCCAGGACUCCAUGGGGAACUUUAUGGAAGAAAUCCCCACAUGUGGCGUCUGUGGGAAGACAUUCUCAUGCACCUAUACACUGAGGCGUCACGCCAUUGUGCACACACGUGAGCGCCCUUACGAGUGCCGCUACUGUUAUCGGAGCUACACCCAAUCAGGCGACCUGUACAGACACAUUCGCAAAGCUCAUGACCACACACUGCCGGCCAAACGCAGCAAGGCAGAUGUGGAUCCGUCCCUGCCUCCACAACCACCAGAAAAUGGUGAAAAUGUCCAUCACAAUUUCCCAAAACCCAAAAUGGCUUCUUCAAAUGUCUCAUUUUUUCCAGCCAAUAGUUAAAACAUUUUGUAACACUCAAUAAUCAAAAUAAUUCCCUCCAUCAAGGUUAUGUUUUUCCUAGCGUUUGUCUGUUUGUGAGCAGCACAACUCAAAAAGUUAAGAACAGAUUUUAAUGAUAUUUUCUGAGGAUGUAGGUUAUUGCCCAAGGAAGUAAUAAUUAGAGUGCUUUCUCUAGUUUUUUUUAGCUGCAUUAUUGAGGUGAAGAGAAGUGCUUCACAGUCUAAUUUUUUUUAAAUAAAAACAGCCAGAAUUACUCUACAGUAUACAAGGUUGUGGCUUAAACAAGUA